AUGUCGACCGUGUCCUCCCACCGCAAUAUGGUUCCAGAUAUGCCGUUCCCCGUCGGUCACUCGGUCGCGUAUGUCAACCCGCGCGAGACGAUGCGCCUGACAAAGCUCGCGCUGAUGAGGGAUGAAGAGAAGGAGGUGGAGGGAAGACGAGAGAGGCGGAGGUCGAGGCGGCAGAGCAGUAUUGCCUCGAGCAUGCAGAAGAGGAGCACGAAACAUCAGAGCAGCAAGCUGGCACAGGAGCUGAGAGCUGUGGAUGAGGAUGUUAUACCUUCAGCCAUGAGGAAGCCCGCACCACCUGGCAUACUUCGCUCGUCGCUCAGCCCAACCUCGCCCUGUUUCCCCUCCUCUUCCACACCCCUCGCAUCCUCCAGCUCCGCUCUCGAAUCUCCACGGACUUUUUCCGCCCCGCUUCCUCCUCCGCAGCCUCGGCGUCGGUCAAGCCGAGUACGCUUCUCCGAGGACCCCCUCCCAAGCGUCAACUCCAGUCCUCCCCCGGUCAUCACCACCGAAGACACCACGGAGGAGCCAGAGGAGACCUCACCGGCUUCACCUGCAUCCGCCACAAGCAACGCCGCCGCCGACAGGGCAGAGUACCUCUCAUCUCCCUUGUCCAAGGCGAGCUCGCGGACGAGCCUCGGGUCCGUCUCGUCGACCGCUUCGGACCCUUUCGGCGUGCAGUGUGCGUACGGCUCGCCUUCACCUCCAGCAACCUCGCGGCCCAACUCCGGCUCAGGGGAUAUGUUCUUGCCUAAACCUCUCCCGUAUCAGCGCCUGUCCAAGGUCCUCGCUCGGCUCAAUACCGAGUCAGGCAAUCUCAGCGGUCCGUCGUCUGCCCCGACACCCGCCGCGGAGCCUGCAAGCCUGCCGGUCCCUUCCGCAGACACAUCGCGUGGGUCGUCCAUGUCCGACGCGGCGACCCUCUCGACACUCGAGUCACGCGGUAAUUCGGUCACUUCCGGAAACUCUACCGUCUCCGACAUGACCCUCCCCGCUCCUCUGUCGAGCGCCUCGGGCGAAGCGUACGGCUCCCUCCUCCCCUCGCUCAACCCAGACUCUCCUCCGGCCGGCGAAAAGACACCCAAGCUCAAUCGUCAACCAUGGCAUGAAGCCGAUUGGGGACUUAGUCCACGGAGCAACCCCUCACCGGUACCGCUGCAUCAGCGGAUCGUCGUGCCGGCCCCCAUGGUCCCGGACCUCGGAACGCGGACGGAGCGAUUCGACUCCAUCCCGCCCAGGGAGGUUGACCUGCAGCUUCCGGAUACCGUCGCCAGAACGGCGCACGCUGACUCGGUGGAUAUGCUUCCUGUCCCACAAGAGCGCGGCGUUUCGGUGGAUACGGCGGACGCGUGCCGGGCACUGGGGAUAAAGACAGUCGCGCCCGAGGUUGAAGCGGCGGUCCUUCAGCAAGCGAUGGCGAUGAAGAAGGGACACCAGCGCCAGGUCUCCGACUUCAGCGUGGACCUCCCCUUCCCCCUUCCACCAGACAGGCUGGGCGUCACGAUUGGCAAGCUCGUCACACCCGCUAGUUGGCGGCAUCAGCCCCUUCUCAGUCCGGCGCACAGCGUCAAUCCUGCACACGCGCUCGUCGAGGAGUACUUUGCCGAGAAUGAGAGCGAGCGCGAGGAGGACGCUCCUAUCCGCCCCGUACCAUCCAAACCCACCUCUUCCGACUCGACCUCUACGAUCCGGUCCAUCAUACGCCACGUGCCGUCCCCAUCGGUCCAGACGUCCCCCUGUCCUGAUGCGUACUCGCUCUCCGCGGCAGUCAUGCAGGUCGGAUCACCCCUUGAGGAACGGCCCAGAUCCCUCAUUUCGGAAAGCGCCCUCGCUAGUCCCCACGUCACGCCCAAGGCGGCGACAAAUCCGGACUUUGGACCGGCCCCGGAGAGCCCGAAGCUGGGCGAUCUCAUCGAGUCGACACUGCGGGCGAGGCGGUCAACUGUGGGAUUCAACUUUGACGAGGAGGAGAGCGAUCUCGGUAUGUUCCCUAUUGGAUUCGGGCUGGAACCAGGCUUAUUUUCAGAUACAUCAACACCCCUCGCCAGGGCUCCCCUGAAGAACCGUAUCGUCACUCCCAACUCGCGCCUCCUCCGUACAGCCACCGCGCCAGAUCCAGCGACCGAGCCUCGAGCCGUCCGUCCCCGGAUGCAACGCUUAUCUACCAUGUCUGCCUUGGACCUGAAGUCCGGUGUCGGGCUCACGAGGGGACACGGUUGGUCCGGCUCCGAAUCGGAAGAGGAGGAAUGGGCGGCUACGAUCCGCACGAUCGCGCUCCGCCGGACGUCCAAGGCGAACCUGACCAACCAGGCACGGGUGCGGUCACGAGGCAUGCCCUCGUCUAAGUCCCUGCCGUCCGUGUCGGAAACGUCAGGCUCGAAUGCCGGGACGCACGACCGAUACUCGUCCGCUACAUCCUCCGGGACAUCGGAGCUAUCGGGGAUGACGGCCUCAACAUCAUCCAGUACGGCCAUGACGAGCACGGAGGUAUGCACGCCGUCCGUUUCGCUCGACAUGAGCCCGACCCACACCACUCCCAAGAUGCGGUCUGGGUCGUACGGCAGCCCAUCGUUCGUUUCGGCCAAUGCUGUACCGGGCAGGCUCCCAUGGGGCGGCUCGAGCCCCACUCUCACUCUCUCCCCCGGGAAGAGUAUCAUGGAGGACCCGCUCUGGCCCGCCGAAGCUGAAGCUGAGGCUGAGGUCGAGGCGGUGUUAUCUACGCCCAAACCGCAGAUCCAGCGUAAGCCUAGCGGGACGCCUAUGCCCCUUCCCACCAGGGACGUGGAGUGGGGAGAGCCAGAAGUCAUGAUUGACGAGCCGAGCUCAGGGGACGAGUCGGAAUGGGAGGUGGAGACGGACCCGGAUGCGGAUUGGUACUGGGACAUCAAGACCAAGACGCUGAGCUCGGUAUCGAGUCGACCGCCGGUCAGGAGGAUGAAGCAGGUGAGGACGGUCGAGGUAGUGGUGCCGGGGGAGGUCGUUGAGGCUCCAGAGCCACUGGCGGCUGUAAAGGAGGUAUCGGAGCAGGCCCGCGCGCCUGAAGAGCGCUCGGCGCACAUCGAGGAGGUGUCGGAACCGACCACGCCCAUGCCGGAGGCGAAGAUCACACCAGCCCCUUCACCUCUCCCAUCUGAGAUGGCGGUACCUGAGGAGGUCAUUGAGGCUCCACAGCAAUUGGAGCUCGUCGAGGAGGCGCCGGUGCAGGUUGCAGAGGUCGCAAAGCCCUCUGAGAUCGCCAAGCAGCAAUCGGAACCGGUCGAGCCCGUGCCGGGACGACAAGUCAACCCCACCCUCUUAUCUUCAACAGUGGAGGCUGAGCCUUUUGCGCCGACACCGGCAGCCGCUUCAUCCCCACCCCUCAUACUCCCGACUGAGGCUGCACCAGCUGCACCUGCGGUGAUCGCACCGACUACAUGGCUCGCCAGCCUCACGUCUAUGAUCCCAGGUCCUUCUCGGCUCCCUACACCCAGCAAGGCAAAGGUCUUCCCUCCUGCUAUUCGGGACAGCGUCACCCUCCCUUCCGACGUCCUUGCCGCUUCGCCGGUGGCCAGAUCAGCAUCGUCAGCGCCAACGCCAGCGUCCAUCCCGGUCCCGGUCCCGGUGUCCCGUAUCCCUAGCCUCGCCAAAAAGCCCAGUGUCGCGUCGCUUCGCCCAGAUAGCGUUGUCGUCCCUGCGUCCCCGGUGUCGGUCAUCUCCAAGAUCCCUCUGUCGCCCGUCACACCCGUAUCUCGCAUUCCCAGCCUGAGCAUCAAGCCCAGCUUGGGGAGCCUGAAGCCCAAGACGGGUACGCCGGUCGCGCCGGUGGCGCCAGUCUCUCGGAUCCCCACUCCCUCCAGAUUACCUAUCGCCAUCGCGGCAUCGUCCUCUGCGGCAUCGACUGAAAAGCUGGCCCCGUCACCUGCUCUCGCGCCAAAGGCCGCUCGGGCCGGUGUGUCCCCUUCGCCGACCUCCCGCAUUCCCCGCUCACCGACCUCGCGGCUUCCCAUCUCGCCUGUCAAGCGUGCCGUGUCUCCUCCACCCCGCACCCCUUCCCCGCCGCCCGACACCGCCGCGUCCUUCCUCGCUCGCGCGCGAGAGAACGCCAAGCGAGUCAAGGAAGAGGAGGCUCGCCUGUCACCUUCCCCGCAGCCCGUCACCCCGCCUGUUACGGUUAGCCCGCCGGCCGUCGAGAAGCCCGUGGAAGCUGCGCCGGAGUCGCCCCCGGCUCGACAGAACCUCACGCCCCGUAUUCCCCUCGGCUCGCGCUUGGCGGAUCUCAUUGCGAAGCGGGACGCAGCUACUGCGGCUACGGCAGCCAAGGCCGCUUUGGUAUCUGCGGAGAAGGCGGCGGCGGCGGCGGUUGUGAUACAGCAGAAGCAGGAGGUGGUGGUGAAGACCGCGCCGGUCGUGCUUACCGCGGCGAUGAAAGGGAAGCAGCGCCAGAUUCAACCUCCGGUACAGAGGCAGCCGGUCUGUACGGCCACCAGGUUCUUUUAG